CACUAGUGUUGUAUGUUCUGCUGACCAGCUGUUAUCGUUGGCCAAAAACAAUAACAAAACAGAAUGGCGAAUAAUUUGAAGAAGGAUGCCACCCGUUUCCUUGUGAUAAACGCCGAUGACUUUGGAUAUUGUGAACAAAGAAACCGUGGUAUAGUAGAAUCAGUCCAAUCUGGAGUAGUUUCGAGUACUAGUCUCCUUGUAAACGCUGACAAGGCCCUAGAAGCAGUAAAAUUAGCCAGGGAAUAUUCAAUACCGCUAGGAUUGCACCUCAACCUGACUGAGGGUCGAACAAUGAAAUCGCGACUCAGUUCCCUCACGUUGGAGAACGGUUACAUGAGGGGUAAGUUUGGAUUCAGAAAGGCACUGGGAAAUGGAGAAAUAGAUUUAAAUGAGGUGAGAACAGUGUUUAUGACAAAUAGCGUGGAAGGGAUAUAAAAGUACCUGCCCGGGCGCGUUAGAAUGAUUACCACUGUUAUCAAUAAAGGGCAAAAUUACUGAGCGCUGAUUGGUUGAGAGAGAGGGCAUUUUUUCUUAAUCGAGGGCAUUUUUAGUAAUCAAGAGAGGGCAUGAUUACCUUGUUCGGUUAAAAGCACUUUGUUGUUUUUCUGUUGGCAGAAACGCUCUGUUGAAAUGAGCUUUGUUUUCUAGACUUUUGGCAGUGUAUCACGACACAGUUUUGGAGAAUAAAAUUUCAUUGAAUCGAUUGGUCAGUUCAAUUUGAUUGAUGAUUUGCCGUAGCGCUAAACAGGCUUCCCAGAUAAAAAUAGACUGCGCGCGUGAUUUUCCUUCGUAUAAAUUUUGCCCUUUAUUGAUAAACAAGUAAUCCCAUGAGACCUCGUACUAUUAAGGAUUAAUUGCACUUGAGUUUUCAAAAUUUUGGAAAAUUUUGAAAACUCUCGUGCAAUUAAUCCUUAAUAGUACUUGGCCUCAUGUGAUUACAUAUACUAAACUGAAGCCCUUAAAUUCUAAUGCUGUUUGAGGCAUAGUCAUUGUUCACAGCUUACACUGAACUUUGGAAAAACAGCUCAAUAUGUCACCUUGUGUUAGACUUACGAUAGGAUGGAUCAUGAACAUUGGACAAGCUCACUUUUUUUAACGUCUUAAACUGUCACAGCGGAUUUGGACCCCCCCGGUCCAAAUCCGCUAGCGGAUAUGGACCCCCCUUCGCAGAUUUGGACCCCCCUAGCAAACUUUCCUUUUAAGCAUCCUUUGUAUGAUAUUUACUAAUUCUAUUUGCAAGCUUUUUGGUCGAUGUUCUUUUCAAUCACAACACAACAUUUCCUCAAUAAAGGUUAUAAAAAAACAGCCAUUUCGUUCCAAUUCUACCGCAUUCAUUAUAGCGAGUCGUACAGUAUACGCAAGAAUUAGAUGUGAACAAACUACUGCAUUUGAACUAUUGAAAUUGUUACAAUAAAUAUUUGCUUCUUCUGAUGCGAAUCAACAUUGAUACGAAACGCCAUAACAAUAGUGGAGACUAUUGCGUCCAGUCACAAAAAUAACUCAGUCUGAUUUUCUAAAAUAAUAACAUUAAACAGUUUUUGAAGAAGAACGAAGAAACUACACGUAUUACAAGUCGUUCGUAAAGCCUAUGAUAAGUAAAAAUGUUUCUGUUCUGAACUACUGGAACUCUCAGCUUAUUUUCAGAUGCAAAUCAACAUUUAUGUCAACGUCUUAACAAGAGUGGAGACUAUUACAUCGAAAUCAAUCUUAUUUUCUAAUUUUAACGAUUAUGAACUGUUGAGGGAUCCGAAACAACACCUUAACAAUUACGAAGACGUCUAGAGUCUGGCAAUCUGCAGACAAUGCAGAGCCACUCGCCCUCCGGGGCAGUCUUAAAUCCCUCGCAGCUCAUGUGUAACCUUCCCUCGCACAACUCGCACUGUACCAUGUCGUCCCAACACUCGGGCAUUGAACAAUGACAAAAUAAAUUAGUGUCACAACUUUGUCUCUUAUUGAAUCUAGCGGUGUUCGACUAUCGCGGAAAAGGUUCAAAAAUGACCUCUCUCUAGACAUUAAACUAAAUUCUUGCCCAUUUUCCCGUCCAAAUCAACUGGGACGCUGGCACCCGUCUACUUUAAACAGAGUUCCCGGCUACUUAAAGCACGAAAUUAAAAAAAGAAAAUCGUUAUGAAAAAAACUAUCAACUACAACUAAAUUUUGACUCUUUCCUAUAAGUUUAAAACAUUUUUUCUGCACUUCUUUAUCAAUUACUUGCCAUCAGAUUGUGGAAAUAAAAUUUACUCUGACGAGAAAGGCGCUGCGCGAUAAGAGAGACCUUAAGGAAACCACGCGACGGCAACGAGGACAUGGAAAAACAAAAGAUAUAAUAGGCAGAACAAUAGCUCAGCACGUGCAUUUGUACAUUUCUGAGCCGUACUAUGCAAAACAACAAUGUGAAAUCCCCACAAUUUGCGUCGUCUUCGAACCGAAAUUGCGACGGCAAUUUAUUUUAAUUUCUAGUUGUAACUCAACACUUCUUUGAUACGUUAUGCUGAAGUUGAGGUGUGGCGCUGUAUGAGACGGUAAACACAUGCAGCCAUUUUUGAAAUUCAAAUUAUAGGCAGAAAUUCGUUUUUUAAAGGAAGUCUUCCUUGGCGUUGCCGUCCUGACUGCUUUAGGUCCCAAAUAGCGUUCUUAGAACUGUCUCUUUCUAAAGUGCCUAAUUGGCUAUUACAUAACUCUUAAACGUGACGUGUCAUAAAAGCAAGUGCAUUCUGCGGAGUGAUCAUGGCAAGCAAAAGUAAAACUCACGCAAGCACUCGUUUGCACAUGAAAAGUCAAGAGGGAUGACCUAAAAAAUUAAAGUUAUGUUUUCCGGUUUUAGUUGGAUUAUAGCCAGUGAAAAGGCUUUCCAAAAAAUUAUGUAUUAUCAGAAGAUAAAAUAAACAUCAGGAGACGAAUGUCGCCGUAAAAUAUGCUUAUCAGCUGACACGGCUUCUUAGUAAGCCAACAUUUAGCUGGCUUUUAAGCUCAAAUAUUCCGAGCAAUUGAAAGAAACUUUGAUCCAAUUUAAUUUUCAUUGAAGAUAAAGCCCAUCGGAGGUUUUGGAAAAAUUGUUUUCAGCAAGGCUGAUUGUGUAUCAGACUCCUGUGUUCCAUCAACAUUUGUUUUAAAUUCUUAACUGCUGGGUGAUAUAUGGUGACGAAAGGAAUUAACGUAAAUGAUUACGGCUCUGACUUUGAGUUUUCAUAAACUACAAAGAGUGUUGUCAGUUUCACUCUUUAGAAGAAGAAGAAGAAGAAAGGAAGCUUGAUGUAGCUAUAGCUGUGUAGAGAAACAAACAAACUCUCUCAGAGUACCAUUAUUUUUACUAUAAUCAGAUUAAGUAUGCGUCAUUCCAGGAAGAUUUCUUCACCAGAUUGCAGAAAAGUGCGUUUCUGGGAGACUUAAGUUUUAAAAGUUUCUGGGGGAAGCAUGCCCCCAGACCCCCCCUAGAGGUUCAGGCCUUCGGCCCUAAAUUAUACAGUGUACCGGCCUACUCACAAGGCAGUGCCCUUCUACUUCAAAAGUAAAUGAAAACCCUGACUAAACCCUUUCCCUUUCAAGAUCCAAUUGGUAAUUCACCUUACUGUCUGAUGUACAAUUUUUUUGAGGAUGGUUUGGAGAAUCUUUAUUCUCAUCACUUUUCUGCUUGAUAUUGUAUUGAUAUUGUAAGGAAAAAUUCUUUUUUGGUCACCCAUGGGAGUUAAAGGGUUAGCAGACAUGAAUUUUUUUUUCUUGACAAGGCAGAUCAAAGAAGAAAUAGAGUGCCAACUGCAGUGGUUUAUUGACAAUAUAGGAUCAUUACCAACGCAUAUCGAUGGACAUCAACAUGUUCAUGUAUUGCCUCAAGUGUGCAAAGUUAUGUGCGAGGUGAUAAAAGAGUUUGGAAUUUGUUGGACAAGAGUACCAGUGGAAAUAAACCUUGAGGAUUGUGUAUGGAUCAAAGAACCUGUGAACAAUUUCAACAAAUCUGUUAUGGCAGAUGCAGAAAAUUCCAAGUCAAUUUUAUCUAACUAUGGAAUAAGGUAACUGUUUAAAACAAUGUUGAAUAAGAUGUCAAAUUUUCAAGAAAACUCAUUAUGGACCUUUCCCAUUGCUUAAAGAAGGUUUAGCAGAUGCAAAGCAUACCUACAAGUGGUCUAUUAAAAUGCAACAGAAUGUGUAAGACAUCAUCACAACAUGGAAAUCUGCAACUGUGAGAUCAGUGUGAUGAACUGAGAUGGGAUAAUAGUUGAUUUAGGGGGCUAGAAAGGUUUUCUUUUGGGAGCCUGCCAUACUUGAAUCUUUAAAACAAAGUAAUUACUUCAAUCAUAUUUUAAUGAGAUGUCUAGACCGAUUUGUAUGGGAAUUUCCAGUGAGGGAAAUGUGUCAAAUACUGAGUUUGUAAUCAAAAGCUUAGACAUGGAUUUAUCUAGUCAGUUGUAAGUAUGGUUCUCUGUCUGCAAGUGUCAAGUGACAGUUCUAUUGUUUAACUUAUGCUUAUCUUGUAGGUUUUCAAGUCAUUUUAUUGGAUUCAGCACCAUGGGGAAAGAUAUGACAGUCUCCAGGCUCAAACAGGCCAUAGAAAAUGUCUUCGCAGAGGACUCUGAAACAGUUUGUGAGCUCAUGGUACAUCCUGGGUAUAAGAGUAUUUUAGGAUGUGGUGGUUGUGGUGAGGGACCAGAUUUGUUUGCAUGUUCUGAUGAUAGGGAGCAUGAAUUGAACACACUCAAGAGCCCAACCCUUAAAGAGUACCUAAAAUCUAAAAAUGUUAGAGUUUGUUCUUUUCAAGAACUGAACAUGGGAAGUGAUAUGCGUCUUAACCCUCUAACUCCCAUGGGUGACCAAGACUGAAUUUCUCCUUACAAUUUUGAAACAACAUUAAAGCAGAUUAGUGAUGAGAAUAAAGAAAAUAUCAAUUAGGUAAUUAUCAGUUGAUCCAAUACCAAAUUCUCCAAACAACAUCAUGAGAAUUGUAUGGCAGACAGUAAGGAGAAUUGUCAAUGAGAUCUUGGGUGUGAAAGGAUUAACUUUCUCUUAAAAGACCUGGAACAUUUUUGACUCAAUUUUUAUUUAUUUUCAACUUCCUUCAUUUUAAUAAAGUCGCAAAAAUGUGAUGAUAAUGGAAUGGAAUUAAUUAUUCAAUGUUUUCCAUCUAUGAUAAGAGGAUUUUCCAGUAUUUAUAGAACCAUUUGACAAAGACAGUGAUUUGUUUCUAUAUGUAAAGCAACUUUAUUUUCCCUCAUUCCAUUCUAAACAUAGCAAGGUUAGAGAUUUCUAUAAUCAACAAUAUAUAAAGACUACUGGUACUUGCUAAACUAUAGUGUAUUAGACUAGGGAAAAGGUAACCAAGAGUGAAUUAUUUUAGCAAUGUUUUGGUAAAUGUUACCUCUUUCCUUGAUUGCUUGUUUUGUUUUGUUUUUUAAUUUCUGACAAAUCUCAUCUCUCACUUGUUGUCAUAUCAUUCCUUCACUUAUCUCAAUUUCAAGUGAAACCUGCACUAUGAAUAACUGAGAUCUGCUAAAAUGCACAAUUUGGUUUGUUUUUCUUCAAAAAAAGACUUUGGAGUUUAUUUGACAUGUUUGAAGUACUCGUGAUUGAAUGAUAAAAACUGGACACCAAAUGAGUAUAUCAGUGAUCAAUGAUUUGGGAAAAACAGCUAUUGCUCUGUAACCUGCUCCAUUAACUUAUUAGAAAAAAAACUAGCUUGGGUUUGGCUAAAUGGCCACCAACUGAAAUGAGUCUAAAGUGUGGCACAAUGACCCUAAAGUAUUGUUGACGAAAUAGUCUUCAUGUGACAAACAACACCAGUAAUAGCAAAUUUGCAAAUGUCUAAAUCCCAAAUGGCUCACCUCAAUUUACAAAUAAACAAUCGCAUUAACCUCCUCAUGAAAGGCAGUAACUGGUGGGAAGGGCAAGUUACAUUUCCAAAUUAAGUUAUGGUAAUGUCUUUCUACUUAAAAUUAUAAUAAGUUGCCCAUAAAAACUUGCAAAAUAAAUAAUUGUAAAAUAGUCCUAUUUAUAUUGAGGAAUUUUAUGACAAGAAUUGAUGUUUUUUUUCUAAUUUCAGUUAAGCUUAAGGUAAAUUUUUUACAUCCAACACAUAAAAGUCAUUCCUUGUUUUUACAAGAACACAAGUUAAUAUCAGAUGGGGUGACAAAGUAGCACAAAACAGUAUUCAAAUACACUCAACCCUUUAAGCUCUAAGAGUGACAAGCAUUUAAAUUCUCCUUACAAGAUCACCCUUGAAUCAAACAUUAAGGUCACAAGAAUAAGGGAAAUUAUCACCACCUAUUACAAAGCUCUUGAUUGUUAAACAAAUUCUCCUUAUCAGCUCCUUAAGAUUUGUGCAGAGAAGAAUAUUGAGAAUAUACAUACUGAUGCCAGGGUGUAAAGGGUAAAAUAUGUCUACACUCAUAAACCAUAAUCAAAUCAAAUUAAACUAAGUGAAAUUUAAAGUUCCGGCAGUAGCUUAAAAGAUCAAAGAUUGAUUCUAAUGUCAAGAGUGGCUUAAAGUUUGGCCACUAUAUAUGUUGAUUUUUGAGUAAAUUGUUCUUCUUCCGUGGAGCCUUUGAGAGCUGUUGUUGAGCUGGUUCCUCCACUGAUUGCCAUGGAAACUUGAUCAAAAUACCCUGUUCCAACUUCUCUCUGAUGUUUGUGAGCAGUGAAACCAUUCUUGGCCUGUGCAAACUCAUCUUCUUGGAUCUUGGUGUAGGCAGCCAUGCCAUUGUCUCUGUAGUCUCGUGCAAGCUUGAACAUGGCAUGAUUGAGAGAGUGAAAGCCAGCUAAGGUUACAAACUGAAAGCGGUAUCCCAUUUUACCCAAUUCCCUUUGGAAGACAGCAAUUUCUGCAUCACUGAGGUUGGCCCUCCAGUUGAAUGAAGGUGAACAGUUAUAUGCCAGAAUUUUUCCAGGAUAGCGUGCAUGAAUGGCUUCAGCAAAUCUUCUUGCCUCUUGAAGGUUUGGCUUUCCAGUUUCACACCACAGGACAUCACAGUAUGGUGCAUAAGCUAAGCCCCUUGCAAUGGCUUGGUCUAAGCCUGUCUUGGCACGGAAGAAUCCUUCUGGUGUUCGUUCUCCAGUCAGGAAAGGCCUGUCAUAUGGGUCAAUAUCUGAGGUGACAAGAGCAGCAGAGUUGGCAUCAGUCCUACCAACAAUCACUAUAGGGACAUCCAGAACAUCAGCAGCCAAUCGUGCAGCAUUGAGGACCUUCACAAAUUGUUGUGUGGGUACUAACACUUUUCCUCCCAUGUGACCACAUUUCUUUUCCGAAGCCAACUGGUCUUCAAAAUGAACAGCAGCUGCACCUGCUGCAAUCUAGUCAGGAAAGAAGCCAUUAAACAUCAGCAUUAACACCAAAAUUCUACUUAAGCCCUUCACUCCCAAGAUCUUAGCAGCAAUUCUCUGUACUAUUUAUCAUACAUUUCCUAUGACAUUAGUUCUGAGAAUUUGGUAUUGAAUCAACUCACAAGUACCUGGAGAAGAGCUUAAAGUGACCUCUGAUGAAUUGCUAUAUUCCCUUUCCAAAUUUUCCUACAUUCCCUUCAGAAACAGAGGGAGAAGUAAAUGUUGAAAUAGCAACAAGAAGUCUCUCAGGGUAUUAUUUUGGAAAACUAUUUCUCACUUUUUUCACCUGAUGUAUUUUGGUUUUUCAUCAGUUUGAAAAAAAAAGUUUCCUUGACUACCACUGACCUUUUCAACAAUGUGAUAUUCAUUUGGUACCUGGGGCCCUUGUGAAACCCUUGAGGUCAUUUGUCGAAACAAAAUUAACCUUUGCUUUAUCAAAACAGCAAUCUAAUCCAUCUCCAAUUUAGCCUACAUUUUAUCCAAACAUUAAUAUUUUCAUGUCAAAAUAGUUGACACACAGAAAAUUAUUUAAUACUCAUGAUCUCCAAAUUAUCUUAGACUGUGGUGUGUUACAUAAACAAUAGCUCCAAGGUUAGCCUUCUUCUGACCUCUAGCUUAUCAACUUCUUUGUUUUACUUCACAACAGUGGCCUUGAGUGGGCAGUGUGUUGAAACAGAAGGGAAACAUUGGAUUAAAAUUAUCUACAAGUUCUUAACAUGCAACUCAGAAAAUUACCAUGGACUUGGUGAGUUCAAAUGCAUUCAAUGGGCCUCCAAAUCCAGCUUCACAAUCAGCAACGAUUGGCAAAAAGUAGUCAAUGUGUUUGUCUGUGCCUUCCAUGUGCGCAAUCUGGUCUGCCCUGAUAAACGCAUUAUUAAUACGCUCUACAAGUUUUGGAGCAGAGUUUGCAGGAUACAGGCUUUGAUCAGGAUAAGUCUGCCCAGCUAAAUUGUUAUCACCGGCAACUUGCCAUCCACUUAGAUAGAUGGCUUUUAAACCGGCCUUGGCCAUCUGAACGGCCUGUCCACCUGAAAUCACGAACAGAUUUAAAAUAAAUACAUGAUAAGAAAGUACUAUUCAAGAAAAAACAAUAGAAUGCUAACAUAUUCUCCGUUUGUCUCAUUUUAUAUUUUUUUUGGUCUCGAUUUAAAAAUAAAAACGCUGGUGAAAUGUUUUUCUUGAGGGAUAUCCGAGUGUCAGUAAAUUUUGCGUUAGUAAAUUUUCCGGGUACAUCAAUUGACGUCGAUGCCUUGAUGCGACGUAAAAACUGGGUUGUACUGCGUCAUUCGCCUCCCAGGAAGACGAUCUUUGUACGCUACAUUAGGAAUAUUGUUUCGCGGUUUUAGUGUUACGUUAGUUCUUGACUUUUAAACGGAAAUCGAAUGGAAAAUUGUCAAGUCACAGUUCUCAGUCGCUCAUUCAUGUCAGAGUCCAAAGUUCGCGUUCCGCCAAAUUUCCACGUCAUUAGAAUUUCUUGGGUUGACGUGGCCAAGAAUAAGUCAGAUCCGAAUUUUUUUGCGUCUCUUUAAACUAAUUUGACAAAAAGAAACUUUUAGGAGUGUAGAUUCAUAUCGAAAUGAUUGUCAGCCAAGUGUCAGGCGAAUUGCCCGCCACGUAUUAUAUUCACCAUAUUUGUAAAAUCCUUAUCUACCAUAUUUGGGAAAAGAGUGUCUUGCACGUGGAGACAAAGUCUAACAUUAAAAUAGUUAGCUGAAAAUGUUCUGUUUCACAUACAACUUCGUACAGAACGGUUACUUACCCGUGAGAGCUCCUAAAGCAUUCACGUAAGAAUUCCCUCCGCGAGUCAAAAGUUCCCAGAGUUUUAUGGCUCCUCGCUUCGACAAAGAGUAAUCGAUUUUGAACGAACCGCGAAGCUUUUCUACAGUCUCUUGGCUGUAGUUUCUCUUGAUUCCUUGAAAUCGCUGAUGUUUGGAAAACAUUGUGAGCAGGACGGUUGAAACUUAACACUGGGCUCUGAUCAACUGGGAUAUCUUUACUUCAAGAGAAGCUUCUCCGUAAAUUUACUAAGUGAGAAUCUUGGCCAAUUUUUCGAGCGUUUUGUAGUAAAAUUAUACAUGAACUUUGAUCGAUUUUCUUACGGACGUCAUCAUUGGUAAAAAAUUUCUCUAUUGUCUCACUGGGGGAUUUGAUUGGUGGAGGCAUAAUGAGAGACGCCUCACGCUAGGAUAAAAAGUCAUGUGGGCAUGACCAAACGGAUUGUAAAUUGCAUAAGUAUUUUCAUACUUAUCUUUCAUACUUAUCUUUCAUACUUAUCUUUCAUACUUUCACUUCUGUAUUUAUGUUCAGAGUUACCUUUUUCAAGUCGUACGACAAUUCUACAUCGGAAAAGACAAAGAUUCAUUGCCAUGAUCGCAGUCAAUUUCGUGACUGUGUUUAUCGUGGGUCUGACGCAAUAUUUCCAAGGAUUGCAAUUCUCGUGUUGCUAAGGACUAUAAAUACGAAACAACUCGCAAAUCGAUAGAAAUCAAUACGAAUAUUACAUAUAGUACCAGUAUAGAGUAUUUUUGCAGGCUUAAAUGAAGAAAACAACGACAUACCAGAUGAAAAUACUAUGUGUUACUUACCCCCUUCCCAACCCCCUGACAUUACUAGGAAAACCCACGGCACACCUCCUGAUGUCCUUUGUCCCCGCCCCCCUCGUCACCCCACGUUGGACCUUGUACUGUGCGCUGAGGCUAAUGGGAUCUAAGGACGAGACGAGGGCGAGACAUUAUUCACGAAAAGUCUAUCGGUGUGCUGUCCGGCCAAAAACUGGGUUUGAACGCGAGUUUUCUCCUAAUCCGAACUCUUAAUCCAUCUGUAA